CGCAAAACCAUUGACAUUGCCCUCAAGAUGCAAGCAGCUUCACUUCCAAACACUCCCUCGAUCCUUACCCACUACCCGCGACCGCUAGACAACAACUUUCUCAACAUACCAUCAAUCAUUACUUCCCCUUCCAUAACUACUCCUGCUUCGGACACCUUUCUUUACAAUUUACAAGAACCUUUAAGCAGUCCAAUUUCUCAGGCAAUCUCUGCCCCUGUUACCCCUACGAGCAGCAUCACCCCUGGCUUUUCCGCUCAACCACCUAGAAGAAAUAACAAAGGAAAUCAGAAUGGCAACACUGACUCUAAAUCCAACGGCUCGAAGAGCAACAGCAAUCUGGCACAUAUUCCUUGCAAGUUCUUCAAAAGUGGUGCAUGUACUGCCGGCAAAAAUUGUGUCUUCUCGCACAGCAAAGACCCCCCAUCCGAUAAUUACGUGUGCAAAUACUUUUUGAAAGGAAAUUGCAAAUUCGGAAGUAAAUGUGCUCUCUCUCAUAACUUGCCAAAUGAGCGCAAGCCGAGUACCAAUGGAAGAAAUGGGAAUGGUAACGGUAACGGUAUCAACAAGAACGGAUCGAGAACUAAUAAUAUUCAAGAAAUCAGAUCCCCCAUCAUGCCUCCCCAAGGAUACGGACAGGAUAUCAACGACUAUCAGCCUUUGAACUCCCCUGGGAUUCCUUUUACUCGUAUUCCAAUCAGUCCGUCGGAGUAUUCAAACAAUAAUAGACCCUACAGUCAACUGACCGCCUCCUUGAAUGAACACAAUCCAUUUUCCGAUGAAAAUUCGACUGCGCCUAGGUUGCGCAAUGCUCCAACGAAUUUUAACGAUCAUUUGUCCGCCCCUGUAAACAUUAAUGGUCAACAACGCCGGUCGUUACCAGACAUAUUCGCUUUCGACAAUUUCAGUGGAACUUCUCCUUUUCAAUCCGGAGGAACGAAAUCUCUCUUCUUACCCGUGUCUGACAAUGGCAUGCUUUCUCCAACCACCAACUCCCACCAACUUCAGAGCAUUCCGGAAAUUCAUGAUUAUCAGCAUCAUGAUGAAACUCUUGUCGAUGAAUUGAAUGCUUUCGAUUACGAGGAAUUUCUUCCUUCCUCUUUAAAUGAAUUGCUGACACCUAUGGAACGUGAACGACGUCGUAGUAGGCAGGAGGAGGAACGUGAACGGCGUCGCAGCAAACAAGAGGAGCCCGCUGAAUUAAGUCCUAGGCGACUGUUCAGUAAUUCCUCUACCCUGCAUCCGAUGCAUAUAGACGGUUCUCAUCUUAAUUACUAUAAUUCUCAUAUCGAUCCUACGCAUGUUCACUUCGGUGGGAGGUCUUUGCCUACCGGCGUCAGUGUGGGGUUGGCUUCCAACUUCUUAAAUCAAAACGAUGGACAACAACAUUUGAACAACAGAUUCGGUGGUCCACAUCCAUUCUUCACGGGUAGAAAUAUUACCAUCAAUACGAAUUUUGAUGAACCCCUCUCUCCGAUGAGUCCUUUGCAUCCUCUUAAUAAUCAAAAUCAUAUUCCUUAUCCUCCACCCACAUAUACAAGCCCUUUUCCUGGUACAACCCCCGCCAUAAACAUACCCCUACCUCAGGAAUUUCAUCCUGAAAACAAUUCUUUGUUUCAUGUGCACGAUGUUGGUCCGAUACGCAGACCAGGCGAAACAAAUAACGGUAAUGAUCACACGACGCCGACCGAUCCUUUCAGUCCUUUCCCGGAUGAAGAAUUCGUUUUCAACAUGGACAGUGAUAAAAGUGAACAAACUCUCGUGCCAGAGACUUCUUCCGCAAAAGCAACUGAAACACAAAAGACACCUCUUUCUUACUCUGCAAUCACCAAGGCAGGUCUGAAGGACACAGGAACUACUUCCGGACUCAGUAUAGAUUCGAGGCGUUUUGAGCCGCUGUGCCCAUUCGGGAUGGCUGGAAAGUGUCGUUAUGGCGAACGCUGCCAAUACCUUCAUGGCUUGAUGUGCCCAUCAUGUCUCAAACAUGUGUUGCAUCCAUACCACACAGCCGAAGAGCAUAAAGAACACAUUGAUGAAUGUAGUAGCAGGCAAAUUCAGACUAUUCAAGAUAUCAGACCAGAAGAUAUUGAAUGCGGAAUUUGUUUUGAGAAAGUAUUAAGCAAGGAUGACGCUCGAUUUGGAUUCCUGGACUGCGAACAUGCAUUCUGUCUCCAAUGCAUUCGUCAAUGGCGCUCCAACAUUUCUCAAGACAACCAAGUGAUUCGAUCUUGUCCAAUUUGCCGUACGCCUAGCCAUUUCAUCACACCAUCCACCACUUGGAUUAUCGAUCGUGCUGAAAAACAGAGGGUUAUUGAUGAGUACAAACAAAAAUGCAGUACCAUUGCAUGUAAACACUUCAAUUAUGGCGAUGGUCAGUGUCAAUUCGGAUCUUCCU